GGCACUCCAAUUCCCUGUGCCUUCAAAUUUUCAUCACCACAACAAACAUAUUUGAAUCCAUUAUGAUUCUCGUUCCACUGUCAUCGCCGCCUUUAUUUCCCGCCAAUUCCAAUUUGGCAAUCUCCCUCCGGCACCAGUUACGGCGGAGUCCGGCGAAUUUUUUGUCCCGCCGCCUAGCACCACCGCUUACUGCAACUUCCGGUGACAUCGAUGCAUUUACGGAGUACUCCGGUUAUUUGUUCGAGCUCAGCACUUCGGUGGCGGACUCUCUUGUGGAGUACAACAUCUCCAAAAUUUCUUCGAUAUACCGGAAGAAACCUCUUAUUCUUCUGCGGCGUCUUCUCCAAAUCGGUACUACACUUGGCAAAUGGUUCGCGCUUAGGUACAUCGAUAGCGUCACCGAGCGGUCAGAGCUGAUGUUCGAGGUUAGAGCUGCGGAAUUGCGGGAGAUAUUAGUACAGCUUGGCCCGGCGUAUGUUAAAAUUGCUCAGGCUGUCUCAUCACGAGCUGACUUGAUACCACCUUCUUAUCUGGAUGAGCUCUCAUUGUUGCAAGAUCGAAUAACACCAUUUUCAUCUGAAGUUGCUUUUGAUACAAUAGAGCAAGAACUUGGAUUACCAAUAGAUGAUCUUUUCUCGGAGAUCUCACCUGAGCCUGUUGCGGCAGCAUCACUUGGACAGGUCUAUCAAGCUAGGCUUCAUCGUACUGGACAAGUUGUUGCUGUCAAAGUGCAGAGGCCAGGAGUUCAAGCAGCCAUUUCCUUGGACAUAUUAAUUUUGCGUUACCUUGCAGGGUUGGUUCGGAGAGCAGGGAAGUUUAACACUGAUCUUCAGGCGGUCGUUGAUGAGUGGGCAUCAAGUCUUUUUCGGGUAAUCACAUUAAAUGCAGGAGAUGGACUACAAGAAAGAAGCGAUGAAUGGAGUUAA